AUGCAAGAUGCACCAGAGCUCCACACUCAACUGGCCAGUCGCUCUCGCAAAACGCAACUAAGCGCCAAGCGCCGUCUGCAUUCCUUCGACAAACUGGUCAUACAAGAACUGGAGGCGCGACAAUCCGUCCAGUCCCGGCAAAGCUUGGUGCAUCGACUACUGCUUGUUGGCGAGAAACACGGUCGCUUCACAUCCGGGCUCUAUCCUGGCCGUCUCGAAGGAUUCCCCCGUGGUGAAAUCCAGGUGACGGUGAAAAACAGGACGACUUUCUCCCGUUACAUGACUCGAGCAAGCUUCAGUAGGAUGCUACAAACCCUGCGACUUCGCCGACUAUCCAUGUGUUUUGGGGUUGACAACACCUAUUUCCAAUACUGCUUGGCGUUCGGCGGUAGGCCGCGGAUAUCUUUGUAUAGAUCCCGCUACCCGUCCAGCACAGCAGGCGCUGCAUCUUUCCGUCGUUGGUGGUAUAGGGUCUGGAUGGCGGCGCAGUUGGCUCGGCGGAUCUGCUUUCGGCGACGCCGUCGGGAUACAAUUUUCCAGGAUAAGGAGGAAGAUCCCUUGGCCGUAACCCUUUGGGGAUGGGGAUGUUCGGACCUUCCUGGAGGACAUUGA